AUGCAUAUUCAUGAUGCCAAUGCUGGCGCUCCACGUAACCGGGUUGGACAAGUUUCACAUAGUGUAGUUCUCGGAACCUUCAAUCUUGGGGACCAAGGUGACCAAGGUGAUGGGGUUGUUCCUGACCUUACUCGGAUUGUUGGGGCAGUGCCGAGCUCUAUUGGACAUGGGAACCAGACUCUCACUGCUGGUACUAACAAUGUGCUGCCCAAUAUACCAUCCGAUGCUUCUGAUCAGGCCUCCCAAGGUGUUGAAACAGACGAAACAAAUACUAUAGGUGCCAGGAGCCAGACAAGAAAUCAAGUCCCUCCUAUGCAGACAUCUUUGAAUCACUCAUUCCCAUCUCUGCCUCAAUCUUUGCAAUUCCCUGUGACAGGGGGCCCCUUACCUCUUCCUUCACUUCGUAUGCCAAUUCCUGAUUCUUUGAUCACUCUUUGUGAGUUUAUGAACCGCAUGGAGCAGGCAUUAUCACUCAAUGGAUAUCAAUCAAAUCUUUCACCUUCCUAUGUUGGAGAUCCAUUGAGAGUGGAGGUACCAUCUGAUACGAGGGGAUUGCCAACUCCCGAAGCAUUAGCUAUUGUUGUUCGACAAGCACAACUUCUCAGUGGUCAUGCUACGUCUGCACUUGCUUAUCUUUCAUCUAACUGUCAGUGA